AUGCGGAAGUCUGCGCUGGGCAUCAGUGCAAUCCUGGGAGUGGCCCUGCUGUUCGAGCCUUGGUGGCGACGGUGGCGUGCCGAGAGGCGUCUCAAAGAACUCUUAGAGGAGCACGUGGGGGCAGAGGGGAGAGUCGUGAUCACUGGUGCGGACAGGGGCAUUGGCAAGGAACUUGCCCGGCUACUCCGUCACAGCAGGGUUUCACUGCUGCUGGGCUGUCUAUCGACCAGUGCUGCAGAAGCUGGGAGCGACGCGAAGACCGCAAUUUCCAACUUGGAGCUUUUGGACUUUGACUCCGUGCAGCGCUUCGCUGAAGAGGCGCAUGAAUUUCUUAGAGAAGGCAAGCCCGGACUGCGCAUGUUGGUCAACAACGCCGGCUACAAGGAAAGACAUGAAGGUGAUCGAACAAAGUACGGCACUGGCCGCACCUGGCAGAUCAACUUCUUGGGGCCUUUCCUCUUGACGGAGUUCCUGGCCCGACGUCGUGAGCGGGAUGAGGUCCAGUACCCUGCCAGCGUCAUCAAUGUGGCCAGUGGCCAUGAGUCGGAGUCGAACCUCAACAAGGUGCUCUUGGAUUCCCUCGAAGCUGGAGUGGAAGCGACGGGUCAUGACUACGCGGACUCUAAGAGAGCUUUGCUGCUUUGGACAUCUGUGCGUUCCCAGAGCCUGGCACUGAAGGGAGAACUGUACGCCCAUGCAGUCUCGCCUGGCAAAGUAGACACUAGGUUUGGUUGCGAUGAGGUGCCAGACCUGCUUUGGUUCUUAUCAAAGCCCGUGCGCAUGUGUCUCUUCCGGACGACGGCAGAGGGUGCCCUCUCCAUCGCUGCUGCUGGUCUUCGUCAACAUGCCACCAGCAAGUUUGGUCAAUACUUUCGCGGAGAAGAGUUGGUCGAAGAUCUUGUUGUGUGGCGAAUGCCCGAGAAGCGGCUUUCGGUGCAGCUGGUCCGCUGGGCUGCCAGAGCGUCGGCGCUGGAGCCACGGAGCGGUGGGCGACCAUUGGAUAUUGGCGGAAGGUCCCUCAGCGUGAGUGACCUGCUGGUGGAGCAGGGGGAGGAGGACCGCUGGUCGUCCGCCGAGCGCCGCUGGAGCUCCGUCUCCAACUUGUCCCGCCAGGUGAGCGAAGAGAUCCUGAUUCUGCCAGCUCGCAUCUCUGGGAUCCGGUGGCUGGCGAUUCGCUUGCGGGAGCGCCUCCUGCGGUGGCUGCCCUUCUGA